UUCUACCGGCAAGCCCCGGCCUUUUGUCCCUCAGCAAUACUGCCGAAUCGUCUUUGACCACCUGCAUGGAAUCUCACACCCGAGCAUCCGAGCCACCGUCAAGCUGAUUACUGACCGCUUCAUUCGGCACAAGGUGCGCUCCCAGAUCCAUCAGUGGGCCAAACAUUGUAUCACUUGCCAAACCAGCAAGAUUCACUGUCACACGAUUAUCAUGCCCGGUACGCUUGUUGUUCCAGACGCUCGUUGCAGACAUGUUCACUUUGACAUUGUUGGAGCCUUGCCUCCCGCCAACGGUUUUGUCUACUUAUUGAUAUGUGUUGAUCGUUAUACGCGUUACCCACUUGCCGUGCCUUUACGUGAUGCUUCUACAGAAACUGUGGCGCGAAUGUUCAUUGAAAAUUGGAUUUCCAUUUUUGACUCGCUAGUCACUAUUACUAACGAUAGAGGGCCCCAAUUCAAUUCGGCCUUGUUUCGUGACAUGAACCGCUUGCUUGGCUGUUCCCACCUACGGACAACCGCCUAGCCCCCAGGCUACUAAUGGCAGUGUUG